AUGGCUACCACUGUAACAGAGCAAGAGUCCUUAUCACGGGUCUCGCACGUGUUAGACUACACCACCACCACCACCUCCGAGGAGGAGGAGGAGGAGCAUGUAGAAGGCAACGAGAACGACUCCGGAGGUGUGGGGUGUUUUUGGUCGGCGGCGUGCGAAGGGACACGAGGGAGCGGGGGAGGCGCGUUGGGGAGGGUGUUGGACCCGAGGGCGAGGUGGGUCCAGGAAUGGAACAGAGUAUUCCUGCUAGUGUGCGCUGCGGGGUUGUUCGUGGACCCUCUGUUCUUCUACGCGCUCUCCGUUAGCGCCUCGUGCAUGUGCGUGUUCGUGGACGGGUGGCUCGCCGUUACCGUGACUGUGCUGCGGUGCAUGACGGACGCGCUUCACCUGUGGAACAUGGUGCUCAGAAUGAAGAUGGCCAAACGCACGUUCGGGUUGGGCGCCGCCGCGUCUUCCGCCGGACUCAGAGACACCCGGCCGCGCUCCGUCGCGCUAGGAUAUCUCAAGUCACGGACCGGAUUCGUUUUUGAUUUGUUCGUCAUUCUUCCUCUGCCACAGAUUGUGCUGUGGGUGGCAAUUCCGUCGUUGUUGGAGAAAGGUUCAGUGACGUUGGUGAUGACAGUGUUCUUGAUCAUAUUUCUCUUCCAAUACCUUCCCAAAAUUUAUCAUUCUGUUUGCCAUCUGCGACGCACGCAAAACCUCUCUGGCUACAUUUUUGGAACAGUUUGGUGGGGAAUCGCCCUUAACAUGAUCGCUUAUUUUGUUGCUUCCCAUGGUAAAGCUUAUAUAAGUGAGGAGAGACUUGUUUCUGGCGUUGCAAAUGAAGAAAGUGUUAACCAUGUAUCAGUUCAUGAACAGGCAGCAGGGGCAUGUUGGUAUUUGCUUGGGAUUCAAAGGGCUGCCAAGUGUUUGAAAGUGCAGUGUGAAAAAACAAGUGGCUGUGGCAUGAGCAUUGUGUCAUGUCAAACCGCUGUUUAUUAUGGAAGCAACAAUUUUUUGGUAAGGGAUAGAGCGAGGUUGGCAUGGGCACAGAACAGAGAAGUGUGGGACACAUGCUUGAAUGGCCCUGACAAAUACACCUAUGGAGCUUAUAAAUGGACAGUUCAGCUUGUCACUAAUGAUAAUCGUUUGGAAAAGAUACUUUUCCCUAUCUUCUGGGGCCUAAUGACUCUGAGCACCUUCGGAAACCUAGAAAGUACAACUGAAUGGCUAGAAGUAGUUUUCAACAUCAUUGUGCUGACCAGUGGCCUUCUUCUUGUCACCAUGUUGAUUGGGAACAUCAAGGUAUUUUUGCAUGCAACAACGUCAAAGAAGCAAGCAAUGCAACUGAAGAUGAGGAAUAUUGAAUGGUGGAUGAGGAAACGAAGGUUGCCGCAAGGGUUUCGGCAGCGUGUGCGUAACUAUGAGAGGCAGCGUUGGGCUGCCAUGAGAGGAGUUGAUGAAUGCGAGAUGACUAGAAAUCUCCCUGAGGGUUUAAGAAGAGACAUCAAGUACCAUCUUUGUCUUGACCUGGUUAGACAGGUGCCUCUAUUUCAACACAUGGACGAUCUGGUUCUAGAGAACAUCUGUGACCGAGUGAAGUCUCUGAUAUUCACAAAGGGAGAAACAAUAGCAAGAGAAGGAGACCCAGUUCAGAGAAUGCUAUUUGUAGUAAGGGGUCACCUUCAAAGCAGCCAAGUUCUAAGGGAUGGUGUGAAGAGUUGCUGCAUGUUAGGGCCAGGAAACUUCAGCGGUGACGAGCUUCUUUCAUGGUGUUUGAGGAGACCCUUCAUAGAACGUCUUCCACCAUCUUCAUCCACACUGAUCACAUUGGAAACCACAGAGGCUUUUGGCCUUGAAGCCGAUGACGUGAAGUACGUGACGCAACAUUUCAGGUACACAUUUGUUAAGGAAAAGGUGAAGAGAAGUGCAAGGUAUUACUCACCAGGGUGGAGAACUUGGGCUGCUGUGGCCAUUCAAUUGGCUUGGAGGAGGUACAAGCAUAGGUUGACUUUGACCUCUCUGUCCUUUAUAAGGCCUAGGAGACCCUUGUCAAGGUCCUCUUCCAUGGGAGAGGAUAGGCUUCGUCUCUACACUGCUUUGUUAACCUCACCAAAGCCUAAUCAGGAUGAUUUUGACUUUUGA